AUGUUCAUUCUUCUGACAUUCAUCACUGUUCUGGAUUUGGUUUUUCUAUUCACUGGGUUUCUAGCAGAACUCAUGGCAAUUCUGGACAAUUUGAACUCAGAAUUUUGUGAUGGAUAUGUCAGCGCAACCACUGGAGUUGUUAGAUUCAUUGCGAUUUAUGUCAAUAGAAUAGCAAAACUCUCUGGAAUUUAUAUCACUAUUUUUAUGAGUCUUAUCCAAGUCUUGACACUUAAAAACCCCCGAAAACAGUUCUGGAUCCGCAAGACUAUUGCUACAGUAUUCCUUAUUACUGUAACUUUGUAUUUGUUGUUUUAUAUUGGAGAAGCUGUCACUUUGGUUUUCUACUCAUUUAAAAUGCCGACUCAAGAAUGUCUCUCAUUGGCAAUACUGGAGUCUGCCGACUAUUCUGACUGGAUUUUCACAGUGUUAAAGUUAACUAAUUACGGUGAAAUUGGUAUGCAAUUAUUGUCAAUUUCACUCGAAAUUGUGUUCUACAUUGUUCUGAAAGCGUUGAGUGGAAAAUCUAUUGACACGGAAAAAUAUAAGUAUUCGGUGAUGAUUAUGAGAGUGUUGAUUUUUUGUUUUUUGUUUGAUACCGCUCCUUUUUUGGUGCAGAUCUCGUAUGGUUUAAUCACAGGAAUCGCAGAAUUACAAUGGACAAGAGAUGAUGUUUCUUUAUCAUACACUCUCGGACAUGUUGUCAGAUCCAUAAUUCUUGUAUUCCGGCCCCUUUUGAUAUAUCACACUUCUGAAGAAUACCGUGCAACUUUCAAAGAAGUCAAAACUAAAAGUUUCUGGUUCACCCGGAACAAAGUGCAGGACAAUUUGCAGAUAUAG